AUGACCAAUUCGCUCGUGCCAAAUGAGAUUUCAUCUAUCUCUGGAUAUGCGCGUGCCGCCUUUGCAUCUGGUAAAACUAUACUAAUCUUGGAGAACGGAGACGUCAAGCAUGUGAAUCUAGCUGAAGAGCAACCCAAACUAAUUUCCAUGAACCUCGUUGGGAGGGUCACUGCAAUAUCGGUGUCAAAUGAUUUCUCUAUUUUUGCUGUGGCUGUUGAAGAAGAAAAUGUUGCAAAAGUGAUGGUGUUCUCUUUAGAAUUAGCCAUUGGAGAAGAGAAGGCAGUCUAUGGGACGCAAUACCUUUCCACUGAAAUGUGUAUAUCUCAGGCUGCAGAGAUAAUCGCCUGUUUAUCAGUAUUGGAAGAACGAGUUCACUUGCAAACUUUCGAUGUGAAGGACGGUAUCAAUAACUGUACCGGAAACAUUAUUGCAGAAAAAGUGCCAAAAAAUUGGCAAAUAACUUUCUGCCCGGCAGAUGAAGGGGUCUUAUGUGCACUUGGUGGAGGGACUGCUUAUUUAUUGAGGGCGAGUGGUGGUCAUAUUGAAAAUUUUUCCACGAUACUGCUACCUGGUGUGAUUUGUCAUGACUGGGCGAAUGAUGUUAAUAUUAUGUUCGGUAAUAAAACGGGAUUCCUGCACAUUUAUCGAGAAACUAUUCCGCUGGAUGUGGUGGACAUCAGAAAGUUAUCUGAGGAUAUACUCAACAAUUCGGUGAACCUCGAGAUAAUAUCCAUUCGCAGUACGACACGCCGACUUGCUUGUCAAACAGGUUCCGGAAUUAUUUUGAUAUUCGAUUCAACUGCAGAAAUUGGACCAGUAUGGAGCUCGUGUAGAGCAUUUAUUGUAUCGGAUUUUGUACUGAAAGGUUAUCACUCUCUAUCUUUCGACUUCGCCGAUGAGAAUUUGCUUUAUGAUAGUGGCAACGCCCUGCAAACGAUCUCGAUACAAUUUUUGUCAAAGUUGAAUUCAUUCAACGGUGACGUAGUUACAGUAAGACACUGUAACAAGAUUAUCGGAGUGAGAGCAACUGAAUCGACAAUAGUUACUUUGGAUGACACAGGGCUCUUCGCAGUUUUUUCCAAGUUUACCAACCGUGUACUAUGUUCCAGUCGAGUCCCAGAUGCAUUCUUUUUCACCGUCCUCUCCACCUCUCACAAAUUAGUGGUGGUUACUAAAAGACAUGUCGAAAGUUAUACUGUCAUGUUAGACGGUCUCAAGGCAGCCGAGUCGAUUUUUGAGAAGGAAUUGAUAAUGGAUCUGUCCAAUGUCAACAUGCACGCUUCAGACAUCGGGUUUUCUAUCACUUCCGAAUUGAUUGAAGGCAAUAACAAUUACGUCUUUCUUACUGCAGACUGUGGAGAACUUUUGUGUUCUCCGGCCAAUGCGUUGGAUGAACCGUAUGUGGUGAAGAGUAAAAUAAAGAGAAUACGGAUAACAACAAUCCGAGCGUCUGAUGACGAACUGUUGGUUGGUUAUGAGAAUGGGAGUGUUGGAAUUCUAAAGCUUGCUGAAAAAGUCCCGGAGGAUGAUGGUGAUAUAAUACUGUGCAAUUUCAAUGGUGUAAUCAACUUGAAAUCACUGCUGAGAGAUAUUAAUGCGGAAAGAAAUUUAAUCAAAGAGACAACUGAGAAAUUUCUCGAUCUUUUCACAACAAGAACCAAAAAUGAACUACAACAAAUCAAGACGGAAUUCGAUGAAACUAUGAGAAACUAUAAGGAGAGAGUAAAAACAUUUGAGAGAGACUUCAACGAAUCGGAGACCAUCAAACAGAAGACGAUAUCAAACUUGAAGGGGUUGUACGAGGACGAGAGUACUCAUCAGAAGAGAAAAUACGAGACGAUGAUUGAAGAUCAAAUAAGAAAGUCUUUCCGACAGCUGGAGGAGAAACAGAAUGAAAUAAAAGCUAUAAAAGAAGAAGCUGAACGUAAGCAUAGAGACAUGAUUGGCUCCUUCCAUGUAACCGAAAAACAGUUGUCUAAUCAGGCUGAAACUCAUCUUCUGGAAAUUGAGAAUUUGAGGAAAACCAUCAAAGAAUUGAAACUCGAAAUACUCAAAAAACAUGAAGAACUGUCGCAACUAAGAGAAGAAAAAGAGCAGAACACGCAAAAACUGAAAGAAAAUCACAGAGAAGACGCCGAACUACUCGAAGCUGAAAUUUGGGCGCUUAAAGCUACGUGUGUCCAACUCAAUGAGCAACGUGAUCAUAUUGGUGAUGAGAAUAUAAAAAUUAAUGGAAUGCUGAGAAUAGCCAAGCAACAGAUUGAGCACAUGAGAGAUGAGAACCAAAGACAAGAGGCUGAGAUAAGAAAUCUUCGCGAAAUUAUACAAAAACUGCACAGCAAUGAAAAUGAAAUAACAAGAACCUAUACGAAAGUGAAAAAGAAUUUUAGCAUCCAAACCAAACAAUAUGAGGAAGUUCUUCAACAGAAUCAUCGCUGGAAACGACGGAUGCAAGAUCUGGAGGCAAGAAUCGAGCAAUUGGCAGGAUGUGUGUAUGACCCAAGGAGGCUGGAGCAUUCCGUUUUGAAUUUACUCGCCAAGUCACAGAAUAUUGAUUUAGACAAAAGAUACAAAGCUCCACUAUAA